AUGCUAUUCCUUCCUUCCUUCUUUCUCUCAUCACUUCAUUUUUCUUUCCAUACCUCUUUCAUUGUGUUAUUUUACACUCCCUUUGCCUUUAACCUUUCAUUUUUCUUUGUUUCUUUCUUGUUUUUCUUAUUUUUUCACAUUCUGUAUCCUUCCGCUUUAACUGUUUUAAUUUCCUUUUUAUUCUUUUUCCAUUCCUGUCUCUUUCCGUCUUUGUCCGUUUUUCUUUUCCUUUUUUCAUCUUUCCCUCUUUGUUAUUUUUCAUAUUCAUUUUAUAUAUUUAAUUAUCACUGUUUCUUUUCAUUUUCUUACUUUUCUUCUUUAUUGCAAUAUUUGCUUCUCAUUCUUUUUUUCUUCUCCUUCAGUUUAUAUCAUUUAUAUUCAUCGAUCAUUCUCAUUCUUUUCUUUAUCUCGCUCAUGAUUUUCCUUCCUUACUUAUUACUGUUUCAUUAUAUUUUCUUUCACUCUAAUGCUUUUCUUUCCGUUUUUAUUUUAUUCGUCUCUUCGUAUCAUUUGCCUUUCACUAACAUUCCUUUUACUUUCAUUUUUCUACGUUUAUCCUUCUUUCUCCUUUUGUUUUCUUUUUUUUUCUUCUUUUUAUUCCUUCCUGAUCUUUUGCAUUCUUUUUAUUUUAUUUAUUUUUCUUUCUUUCCAAUUUUACUUUUUCAUUCUUUUUCCUUCUUUCUAUUUUGCGAUAUUUCCUUGCCAGUUUUUAUCUUGUUCAUUCUCUUUCGUCCUCUCAUUUUUUUUAUUACUUCUCUUUUAAGUUUUUCUCUCGAAUUACCAAUUCUAAUUUUCCAUGUCACAUUUUAUCAUCUUCAUUUUGCUUUCUGUCUCUUCAUUCGCUAG